AUGUCCAGACGGAGCCUGCGGCUGGAGGCCAGCCUCCUGGACCGCAGCCUGCCGCACAGCAGCGCCUCCUUCAGUGCAGGAGCAGCCAGCUGGAGGAACGCCUCCUCCAGGUCGCUGAGGUCUCGCGGCUCCCAGCAGCUCUCCACCUCCUGCUCCGAGUCGCUCCUCCUCCCCCGGACUCCCCUGAAGUCGGCCGGUCCAUCUCUUCUCAACAGCAGCGUGGCCUCGGACGCCUCCCUCAUCUCCUCCCUGCUGGAGGAGUCCACCAUCCAGGAGUCCACCCUGGUCGACACACUCUGGGAGAGCGCCGCCGCGGUGGAGGAGAGCAGCGCUGCGCUCAAGCCUCCGCUCAGCAGGCUGUACUGCACCAACUGCGAGGCGCCCUGCUCCUCCUGCGCCGCCGCCUCCGGUCAGACGGAGCUCGGAGAGGAGGAGGCGUCGACGGUGUACAGAGGAGGGAGGAGCAGGAGGAGGCGCGAGAAUGUUCUGCAGGUUGUGGGUGAUGCAACCGCUCGAUGCUUUGAGCUGCUGCUGCACACCUGCCAGGUGUUAGUGGGGUCAAAGGUCACGCAGGAGGACAGACGAGCAGCUCGACCUGCUCCUCCAGGAGUCAUGAGCCUGAAGGAGGCGCCGGCCCAGACGAAGGAGGUGCAGCCCGCCGGAUCGCUGUGUGACGACUGUCAGGAGGCGCAGCGCUCUGGGUCAGACGCCGCCUCCUCCUCCUCCUCCUCCUCCUCCUCUGUACUGAGCCUCCUGCGGAGCUCUGCAGCUUUCACAGCCUGGACUCUGUCUCUGCUGGCUCACACAGCCGCUGCAGUCCUCUGGCCUGUGAUCAGCGAGACGCUCAGAGCCGCGUGGAGCAGUGGACGCUCUGCAGGUGGGCUGCUUGCUGGUGUGUUGGGCCCUCCGUGCAGACGGUGGCGUCGCUCCUGCAGCAGUUUGAUACGGUCUCCCCUCGGGCUCCUCCUGCUCUUCCUCCUCCUCCUCCUCCUCGGCGUGACUUGGUUCGGUCCGCCCGCUCUGCAGUCGGUCCUCGUCUCUGAUUGGACGACGGCGCUCUCUGGAGUUUACCACCCCGAGUCCUCCGAAAGCCAAUCGGGAGAGGAGGCCGUGCGGCCGCAGGAGGAGGCGCCGCCGAUGGGAGCUGCAGAGACGGGCGUAGAGGAGGAGGAAGCGGCGGUCUCGGCGGCGGCCUCGGUGGAGUGGGCGCGCGUCUCCCGCGUGGAGCAGCGUCUGGCGGCGCUGUGGGAGCGGGUGGAGGCCGGAGGCCGGCGGGCGGAGCGCCGACACGACGAGGUGCUGCGUCUGCACGCCGCCCUGCAGCGGCGGCGGGACGGCGAGGGGGCGUGGCUAAACCAGCUCCUGGACCGGCAGCUGUCGGAGAUCCGGAGGCGGCUGGACAGAGACCGCCAGCAGAGGGAGCAGGUCCGGCAGGCGGACCUGCUGCAGCAGGACGCUCACACAGCGCGCCUGGAUCAGCUGGAGCUGCAGCUAAAGGCGCUAACCGCCAAGACUCAGGAGGUUCAUUGGAACCAUGAAGUUGCCACUUCUGCGCCUGAGUCCGCCUCCACCCUCCCAGCAGCCGUCAGCGUCGGGGCGGACCGCCGGUCGCACGACGCGCUGGCGGCCGAGGUGUCCCGGUUGGAGGCGGCUCUGCGGGACGUGAGGCGGGACGUGGACGGCCUGUCGGGGUGCGGGAGGGGCUGCCGGCAGCUCGCCACGGCGCAGCAGGACAUUUCAGGACAGAUCGCCGCCCAGGUGCGGGCGGAGCUCCAGGCUCUGGAGUGGGGAGCGGGAGGCGGCGAAGCGCUGCUGCAGCGGCUGUCGCAGCACUGCGUCAGCCACGCCCACCUGCAGGAGGCGCUGUCCGCCCUGCAGCGCCGCGUCCUGCACGGCGCCGGCCCGCAGCCGGACCAGCAGUGCAGCGACGGGUCGCUCAGCGACUCCGCCGGGUCCUCUGUGACCGCCGAGGACGUCCAUCAGAUGGUGGCAGACGCUCUGCGGUUGUUCUCCGAGGACCGGACCGGCAUGGCGGACUACGCCCUGGAGUCCGGAGGGGGCAGCAUCCUGAGCACUCGCUGCUCGGAGACGUACGAGACGAAGGCGGCGCUGCUCAGCCUGUUCGGCGUUCCGCUCUGGUAUUUCUCCCAGUCGCCCCGAGCCGUGAUCCAGCCCGACGUCCAUCCCGGGAACUGCUGGGCCUUCCGGGGCUCCUCGGGUUUCCUGGUGAUCCGGCUGUCGAUGCGGAUCCGGCCCACCGCCGUCACCCUGGAGCACAUCUCCCGCGCCCUGGCUCCCAGCCGGCAGCUGCUCAGCGCGCCGCGGGACUUCAGCGUCUACGGUCUGGACCACGAGAGCGAGGAGAGGGGGACGCUGCUGGGGACGUUCAGCUACGACCAGGACGGAGACGCGCUGCAGACCUUCCUGGUCACGGACGACUCCCAGAAGACCUUCCAGAUCGUGGAGGUUCAGGUUCUGUCUAACUGGGGUCAUCCGGACUACACCUGUCUGUACCGGAUCAGGGUUCACGGCACGCCGGCCGCCGCCUGACACCUCCAGGACCUCCCGCGGGACUGAAACGUUUCCUCAGCAUCGUUCUGUUUCAUGUUUCCACGGCGGCGAGGCCGAGAGGGAAACGGACGCUCACGGUGCGAAGACGCACUUCCGGUCUGAGCCUCGGCGUUUUUAUUUCCUGUCAGGUGGACGACUUGAACGGCGAGCAGAAACCCGACUCGCCCGCUUGUUUUAAUUCUGUGAAUGUUUUCAAC